GUCAGAAGCGCGGUAGGUUGGGUUGGCGUUGUCAAUAGCCAUCCCGCCCUCGCAGUAAUUCGUCUUGCCCUGUUCAGAAUUCGGCGUCCAGCGUGGUCAAGAAUAGUCGACGAAAUGUUCAGCGAAAGCUAUCAGGACCUCCCGAUGGGUGGGUUGGAUGGAAGAAUAAAGCGCCGCUACGACGAUGGUCCAGAGGGAGGUCGUUCAACAGCAAGCUCCUCCGCGAUGGGCUCAGCGCGACGUAGAGGCGCAAGACAUGGUUGGCAAUACUGGUGAUCGUGACGACAGCAACAUCCAGAGGCGUAGCUACAAAGGAGGACACCUUUCUGACGUCGAUUAUUGCGCGCAAUGGUCUGCAGAGCGAUGCAACAGCGAUCCCUACGAGACUUACGCAUGCUCGUGAUGCAAGCAACGCUGACGUUCUGGUAGCCUCGAUCGUCGACACAUUCGCACUGCGCGGUCGCCGCGUCCGAUAUGUUCUUCGUCGCAUGGGUUCGUCGGUGCCGUCCAUUGCGUCUUCUGUCUGGUGAUAUCUCAGGUCCGCUCCGCUACGGCCAUGAGACCUGCGCGAUGGGUUCUCUCGGAAUCAACAAAGGCAAUCGCAGCGAUAGAUGGGAACGUCUUAUCGAGGAUGCUACUCGGGGUGCGUGAAGCGAGCGUAUGCGCGCACGGCGCCGUCUAUUGCGACCUAGACACGGU